AUGUGCAUUUUCAUAGACGGACUAGAUGAAUACGAAGACUCCGAAGGCGACUACGAAGACAUCGUCGAGUUGUUCGAAGGGUACGCCAAUUCGCCCCACAUCAAGAUAUGCCUAUCCAGCAGACCUCUAGUAGUUUUUGAGCGGGGUUUUUCUGAGUGUCCAAAUCUGAAGUUGCAAAACCUAACUUAUGGUGAUAUCAACCACUAUGUCAAAGACAAGCUAGGUACCCAUAAGUACAUGGUUCAGCUGUCUCAGCAGCACGCAGUUCAAGUUUCUCUCUUGAUCGAUAAGAUCGUCGAGAAAGCUAGUGGGGUUUUUCUGUAG